CUCCUCCAGCACCGGGCAUGGAGCAGGAAUCCGGGUCUGCAGGAGGGUUCAUCCCCCUGAACGAGCAGGAGCAGAGGUUCUACUCGGGUCUGCACAGCCUGUGCCAGGCCGACGCCUCCGGGACUCUGUCCUCCGGGAAAGUGGCGGAGCUGUUCAAGGCUUCUCAGCUGCCUCCGGAGUCUCUGCACAAAGUGACAGAGUUGUGUGGAGCGAAGCGUCUGGGUUACUUCGGUACGCCUCAGUUCUUCGUGGCCCUGAAGCUGCUGGCGGCGGCCCAGUCCGCCCUGCCCAUCCACCUGGAGAGCGUCACGGCCAAUCUACCUCUGCCCAGAUUCUCGGGUCUGAAGAACGAGCCAGAGAUGAGAUACUCGGCCGUCCCUCCGAGCGUGGACGGUCCGGGGGCUCAGUGUGGGACCGGACCUGGUUCUGUCUCCUCCUGGACUCCAGCAGACCGGAGACACCUGGAGGACCACGUAGACAGGAAGGAAUCCUGGUCUCCACCUCGUUCUCCGUGCAGUUCCCCCCCUCGCUCCCCACAGAUGUACCGAGGAUACCCGUACAGCAAGCAGAGGAACGGGGCCGACUCUCUGAUCGUUUAUGAAAUCAAACCUUCCUCUCGUCCGAUGGUCCACCCGGAGCAGCACUCCUCCCCCAGUAACUACGGGACCAGAGCCGCCAUGAGGACCUCCUCCUCCUCAGAGAGGCUGGACCAGCAGGGCCUCGUGGACGACCAGGACGGCGACCCCUGGAGGAUCACAGAGGAACAGCUGGAGUAUUACACCAAUCAGUUCAGGAGCCUGCAGCCCGACCUGGGGGCUCUCAUCCUGGGAACAAUUGCAAAGAACUUCUUCACUAAAUCCAAACUCCCGAUUCCAGAACUUUCCCACAUUUGGGAGUUGAGUGACGUGGACAGAGACGGAGCUCUGACGUUCCCUGAGUUCUGCACGGCGUUCCACCUGAUUGUGGCCCGUAAGAACGGGUUCCCCCUCCCAGAGAACCUCCCCACGCUGAGGACCGGCUUCCUGCAGCCGGAGGACGAGGACACACCGGAGACUCCUGAGAGUGCCGAGGCUCUAAUUGUGUUUGAGGACGCUGAGCUGAUGAUGAGUCACACGAAUCGGAGCGUCAUGGAGCGUCUGCAGCCUCUGACCUCAACACAACCAGAUACCAACGAGGACUCAUGUCAACAAGAUGUUGGUGUGAAGAGGAUGACGACGUCUCAGGAGAAACGGAUUCUACAUCUCGGAGCUUUCACUGAGAGACCAGAUCCGCCUCAGGACCUGGACCCGAACAUGAGGACCAGAACCCGACCGAGGUCUUACUCCAGCACCUCCAUAGAAGAUGCCAUGAAGAAGUCAGAGGAGCCUCACCCCCCACCCCGACCCCAGAAAACCCACUCCAGAGCCUCCUCACUGGACCUCAACAAGCUCUUCCAGCAGGGAGCUCCAGGUAUAAAGAGUGGAUGGUUGCCUCCUCCUCCGGCCCUCCCUCCUCGACCGACAACCUCACAGGUUUCUCAUUUCAUCAGCGUUCCAGAGAAAAGUCCCCAGAAAAAAGUGCAGCAGCCGAACUUUGCUGACUUCAGUCACUUCAGAGAAGAGGAGGAGAGCAGAAUGAAACCAGAGGAACCGGGUCCACGCUCCAGAUUUGGUCGGAGCUCUGAAGACCUGACAACGUUUUCAAAACAGGAGGUGAUCGGAGUUUCUCUCAGUCAGGCGCCACAGAAGCCGGUCCGCAGGAAGUACCACGCCGAGAGCCAGAACCUGGAGGCCACGCCUCCACCCACCGUUCCGUUUCCUACUCCAACCAAACCUGCUCAGAAGCUGAUGUCCAAACAGAAGAGGGAGAUCCAGACGGCGAUCCGUAAAAACAAGGAGACCAACGCCGUGUUGACGCGCCUCAACAGCGAGCUCCAGCAGCAGCUAAAGGUGGUUCACCAUGAGAGGGUCACCUUGGAGACCCAGCUGGAGCUCCAGCGGCCUCUGGCCUCCACGUGACGGAGCAGGAAGUCUCGUUAGAGUCCCGUUUCUGUAAAACAUGGAAGAUAUUUGUCAUGAAUGCAGAAUCAUUGUAAAAGGAUCGACGACGGGAACGAACCGGGAUGUUACUCUAACAUUCUGCAGGAUUAAAACCAUGCAUUUGUUUUUUAAAUCACCGUGAAAUAUGCACAUUUAAAAUAUCCUGUAACUUAUUUUUCUCUUUUUAAUUUGACCCUCCCAUGAAUGUAAGCUUGCUCACCAUUCAUGUAACAGACUAAAGUUUCUCUCCCUCUGUGUAUGUACAGUUCAGUUCAUGUGGUCUAAAGCAAGUAAUGGUGCUACAGAUUAGUCUCUGGAUCUGAAUACUGUUCUGCACUUAAAGUAAAAAAAAAAGAGCAUAUUUACAGGGUUUAUCUUCAUGUUUAAAAGGCCUCAACAGAAAUGAGUUUGAUGUAAUUCACCUUCAGGUUUGUUUGUCUGUCACACUGUAGCACUGACGAAUGUUGACACUGGAUUUGUAUGAAAUAUGGACAUAUUUACUUGAAAUUUUGCUCCAUGUUUAAUGAUAGCACUGUCUGACUGUGUAUUACUUGUUUUAUGUUUUGGAAAAGAAAUAUUCUCAAGUCCAUAAAAUCUUGUCAUCAGUUCCCGUCGUCAGUUCAGAACCGGAAAUAAAAGAGCACAAAUAUUCCUGUAAUGUUUUGCGAGAUUGAUUUAAACACAGCUAAGGUCAGAUGUGGUUUUGAUUUAAUCUAUGCAAAGACGUGUUGCUGCCUCGGCUUGCUUUAGACCAUGUAGGAUGGAUGAAGUGGUGGAAACACACGACGGCAUGUUUGCUCCUGCAUGUUAGCUAGAAUGAGCGUUGGACUGUAAAUGAUGCACAACUACUGAGCUAUGAUCUGAAGACAAUAAUCAAAACUAAUCAA